AACCCGUGCGGGGACUCUCCAGGACGGAACCCGGCCCCUUCCCGAGCAUGUCGCAGCCAAUUUCAAUUUCAGACAACCACGCUCAAAACAUGGGACC